AUGGCUGCGGCACCAUCCCGUCCGUUUGAUUACCUGGAGAGCUUGCCUGGGACUGUGUUCAUCAAGCUCUAUCAGGAGCCAUCCACUGCUCUUGCGAUCUUCAGGCGCAUGUUGCCUGACUUGGCAAAAUGUUUUGUGAUGGCGCUUCUCUACCUCAAAGAUCCGCUUCCAGCAGCGGAUCUGGAAACAUGGGUCAAACCGGACAGUCUGAAGGAGCGUGAUAAUGCGCUGUCCACGCUAGGCCGACUGCACAUUUUGACCAACACAAUGACUGCGGAUAACGUGCGAGCGUACAUGGUCACCAAAGAGUUCGCUUCCUCGCUCCGACAAGCUCUUACCGGCGCCGAGCAUACUCAGUCGUUUGGUGUGGUGUCCAAUGUAUCCGAUGAGGCAGCGGUAUCGAUAGCCGAUUUAGACGAGUACUCGAGACGGCAAUGGGAAGGGGUCCUAGGAUACAUGGUGGGCACAGGUGGCUUGGGUAUGCAACGUGAUGUCAAUUUGAGCAAGGGCGUGAAGCAGCUUUUACAGGCCGGCCAUCUUGUCGAAAUCAGGGAUCGUCGGGUGGAAAUCACCAAGGAUGGAUUCGCUUUUGUCCUGCAAGAUGUUGGCACGCAAGUGUGGCAUAUCCUCAUUCUCUAUGUUGAGAGUGCAGAGGCCAUCGGCAUGGACAGUGUCGAGGUUCUCAAAUUUGUGUUCUUCCUGAGCAGUCUUGAACUUGGGAGAUCCUAUGAGAAGAAGCAGAUGACGUCCAAUCAACUGCGCACUCUGACCGACCUGGCCGACUUUGGCAUUGUCUACCAAGAAUCACCGGAGGCCACACAUUUUUAUCCCACUCGUCUCGCGACCACCUUGACCUCUGAUUCCAGUGCUCUGAGCAAUCCCAUCGCCGGUUCACUAUCUGGGCCUACGGGUACAGCUUCGAAUAAGGCGGGCUCUGGGUUCAUUAUCAUCGAAACGAAUUACCGACUGUACGCAUACACCUCCUCGCCGCUCCAGAUCUCUCUCAUUGCACUCUUUACAACCCUGAAAUACCGCUUCCCCAAUUUGAUCACGGGCAAAAUCACUCGCCAGUCCAUCCGCCGUGCAGUCGAGAUGGGUAUCACCGCUGAUCAGAUUAUCUCGUACCUCUCGACACAUGCACACCCCCAGAUGCGCAAGCACAAUGCAUCCCGAUCGACUUCUAACCAAGCCGGGAUGCCGGUGUCCGUUCUCCCACCCACUGUUGUCGACCAGAUCCGCCUCUGGCAGCUCGAAAGAGAUCGUGUCAAAGCGACCCCUGGAUUCUUGUUCAAGGAUUUCGUCAGUCUUGCAGAAUACGAGGCUCCGUGUCGGUAUGCCGAAGAAAUCGGCGUCCUGGUUUGGAAAUCUGACCGCAAACGAAUGUUCUUUGUCACAAGGCACGAGCAAGUUGCUGCAUUCUUGAGAAGUAGAAAAUGA